AAAUAAAUAGCCUUCCCUCCCCAGGAAAAAAAGAAUUCCACAGACAUCAAAGAGCACCAGAAUUUCAGCUUCAAACCAUAAAUAGGAAGCCUGUUUCGCAGAUUGACUGAUUAAACUAGUGAUGGAAGCAGGAGGGAAGAUGAUUAGGAGAAUAGUGGUGGCCAUAGACGAGAGCGAGGAGAGCAUGAACGCUCUAUCGUGGUGCCUCGACAGCCUCGUCUUUCAGGACAAACCUGGCAACAACGUGCUCGUCCUCCUCUACGUCAAGCCUCCCCCUCCCAUUUACUCUUUCUUCGAUGCCGCCGAGUACUUGUUUUCGGGCGAUGCAGUUGCAGCAAUGGAGAAAUACGGAACCGAGCUGGUUCAUUCAGCGAUGGAUCGAGCUGAAGCUGUCUACCGAAGCUUCAGCACCAGAAUAGAAGUAGAGAGACUUGUGGGCAGGGGGGACCCCAAGGAUGUGAUAUGCCAUACAGUGAAGAAGCUCAAAGCAGACACUCUGGUCAUGGGAAGUCAUGGCUAUGGCUUCAUGAAGAGGGCACUUCUGGGAAGUGUGAGUGAGCAUUGUGCCAAGAAGGUUAAAUGUCCUGUCGUGAUUGUGAAGCACCAAGAUGACCAACAUUGACAUAUCUUCCCUCUUCCCUUAAUUGCAUUUAGAAAUGGAAUUAGCUGUCAGUGUUGUGUUUCAUGUGAUCCUUCAAGCUAUAGGUUAUACUUGCUGUAUAUCUGUGAGCAUAUUUUGUUAUUCUUUCUAAUGAUGUCAUCAUAUGUCCAGCCAAA